AUGUCUCGAUGGGAAUUGCGCGCAAUGCUUUUCCUGCUUUGCGUUUCGCGAUGCGCCUCGAGUCUGGCGGAACCCUUUCUGAUCAGACCGAUCUACGUUUACCAGAGCUUGAUCAAAGGAGUCCACGAUUACUUCAACAAUACCUGCAUAAUACUCUUUCACGGCUCGUCGAAUGUCGUCGAAACGAAAGGAAUCGAGGAGACGGAAGGACUGCUGUCACUUCAGAGGUACCUCAGCGGUUCGUUGAACGUUCGAACCGCGAUCAUGGAUUUUCGCAUGUUCAAGAGCCGAGUGGAGAAAACCUAUCGCCACAUCAAAAGGCCGUUGUUCGUGUUGCUGAACGACCUGGACGAGAUCAGGGAGCAAUUCGUCGAGGUUUCCGAAUGGAUCGCGAUGGCUUAUCCGACGUGGCUGCUGUUUCUGAGAGACGGCACCAACUUGGAGGAGUUUCUGUCGAACGUCCACGUGCCCUUUGACUGCAUGCUGAUGGUAGCUCAGAGGGACACCGAGGGAAACGUCGAGAUCGUGCAGGACGUGUAUCGCAUCGCGAGAGGAGACGUGUUGAGAUCGAUGAAGUUUGCCGCGUGGGAUCAGGCAGGGGGAUUUCGGGCGCCCCGACUUGGACUGUAUCAGCGGAGACACGAUCUGCAGGGUCGCGAUAUAAGAGUGGUCUCGAUUCACGAUCCUCCGGUUUCGCGGAUCCUCCGCGACGGUAUCGGUGGUUUCUUCGGCGAGGUGAUUCAACUGCUGCAACAGGGAAUGAACUGCACGUUCUCCUACAAGGUGGCUAGCUCGUGGGGCGUGCAGUUACCGAACGGCACUUGGACGGGUUCGAUUAGAAUGCUGGUGGAGGACGAGGCGGAUCUCGCUGCUACCGAGCUGACGAUGACUUCCGACAGGCUGGAGGCCGUGAAAUUCACCACACCCGUUUACUCCACCAAAUCUCGCGUCUACAUCAAGAGACCGGAUUCGACAGCGGUGAAGUGGAACGCGUACUUUGCACCGUUCGCCGUCAACAUUUGGAACGCUGUCGCAUUGACGAUCGUACUCGCGGCCCUCUCCAUCGCCGGAAUCGACGCGUUCUCCACCGAAUCUCCGUUCUCCCACAGAUUCUCCGAGAUCGUGUUGUUCGUGUACGGUGCGUUUUGUGGACAGGGCAUGGAACCGUCACCGUUCGAUCCGAUAAGGCUGGUGCAUCUGAGCGUUCACUUGACCGCCGUUGUCGUGCUUGCCGCUUACUCCGCCGCGUUGAUCAGCUACUUGGCCGUUAAAACGUUCGUCAUGCCGUUCACCACGAUGGAGGGCCUGCUGGAGGAUGGCACCUAUCGAUUCGCGGUGGUCCACGAGUCGGCAGAUUACAGCGUCUUCCAGAACACCAGCGACCGCGUGCUCACCGCCAUGUUCGAGGAGUUGUUGACGAACGAGGUUGAUUUGCCGGCGAAUUAUCUGGACGGUUUGAGACGAGUUUGCCGCGAGAAUAAGUACGCGUUCAUGACUCUGGACAACAUGGCCUCGGUGCUGCAGGGCAAGCUCGAGUGCGCCCUCGAGCCCCUCGACGUUUUGACGCAGGCCACGAUAGCCAUGGCGGUGCCGGCCGAUAGUCCUUACCGCGGAAUUAUCGACGCCAACAUUCUUCUGCUGAGAGACAGCGGAAUUCUUCAGCGACUGAUGCAAGCAGAGUGGUCCAGCAGCGCGCACCAUCGGACCGGCUGGACCUCGGUGGAACUAGAAGACGCGAUGCCUCUGCUUCUGUUCCUCCUCUCCGCUUUCCUUCUCACCUGUCUGGUGUUGCUGUUUGAACGAUUCGUUUCGCGACAUCGGGGCGCUACGCGACCAACAGCGUCCAACUAG